GGGCAGGGCAGGGCAGGGGGCUCAGGGCAGGGCAGGGAGCUGCAGGCACGGCAGCACCGCCGUGAGCCGGAGGAGAUGCGGCGGGAGCCGGGCCGCGAGUGACGGCAGCCGGGGCCGGUGGAGGGCCGCAGCGCCAUGUCCCUGGGCAGCGACAGCGGCCCCGGCAUCGUGCACAGCCUGCUGUGCCACCGGCAGGGAGGGGACAGCGAGGCCUUCGCCCGCCGCGCCAUCCAGAGCCUGCUCAGGAAGCUGAAGGAGAAGAGGGACGAGCUGGACGCGCUGGUGGCCGCUGUCACCUCCGGCGGGGCCCAGCCCGGCCAGUGUGUCACCGUGCAGCGCACCCUGGACGGGCGGCUCCAGGUGGCCGGCAGGAAGGGCUUCCCCCACGUCAUCUACGCCCGCCUGUGGCGCUGGCCCGACCUGCACAAGAACGAGCUGAAACCCGUCAAAUUCUGCCAAUUCGCCUUCGACCUCAAGUGCGACAGCGUUUGUGUCAACCCCUACCACUACGAGCGCGUGGGGACCCCCGGCAGCGGUCUGAGCAUCCAGAGCACAGUGCCGCGCCCGGUGAAGGAGGAGUUUGUCCAUGACUGUGUGCAGAUGGAGCUGCCGGCCCGUCGGGACCCGGGGGCCGAGCCCCCCGCCCGGCCCCACCGAGCGCUGCCCCCCCCGCGGCCCCCUGAGCCCCCCCGUGUGCCCCGGACCUACCCUGCGCUCCCCAUGGCGCCCCAAGCGACCCCCCAGGACCCCCUGCUCCACCCCGAGGGCCCCCCAGCACAGCCGUCCCCGCAGAACGGGUACCCCAAACCACCCCAGCACAGUUCACCGCUGAGCUGGAGCAGUGCCACCAUCUACACCCCGAGUUUGGGGGGGUCGCAGCCCCCCCCAGCACAACAUCCCGGCAGCCAGAGCCACCCGCAGCCCCCCCAGCACCACCCCAACCACUGCUGGCCCCCCGUGCUGCAGCCCCCCGUGUCCACCCACCCCGGGCCGGAGUUCUGGUGCUCCAUCGCCUACUUCGAGCAGGACGUGCAGGUGGGGGAGAUCUUCAAGGUGCCCUCGAGCUGCCCCUCCGUGGUGGUGGACGGCUACGUGGACCCCUCGGGGGGCAAUCGCUUCUGCCUGGGGCAGCUCUCCAACGUGCAGCGCUGCGCCGCCAGCGAGAGGGCACGGCUGCACAUCGGCAAGGGCGUGCAGCUGGAGCGCCGAGGAGAGGGCGACGUGUGGAUGCGCUGCCGCAGCGAGCACGCCGUGUUCGUGCAGAGCUUCUACCUGGACAGGGAGGCGGGCAGAGCCCCCGGCGACGCCGUGCACAAGGUGUACCCCGGAGCACACAUCAAGGUGUUUGACCUGCGCCAGUGCCACCGGCAGAUGCAGCAGCAGGCGGCCACUGCCCAGGCUGCGGCCACCGCCCAGGCCGCUGCUGUGGCCGGCAGCAUCCCCGGGCCGGGCUCGGUGGGCGGCAUCGCCCCGGCCAUCGGGCUGUCGGUGGCCGCGGGGCUCGGCGUGGACGACCUGCGGCGCCUGUGCCUCGUUAGGCUGAGCUUCGUUAAGGGCUGGGGGCCCGACUACCCCCGGGCCAGCAUCACCUGCACGCCCUGCUGGAUCGAGGUGCACCUGCACCGGGCCCUGCAGCUGCUCGACCACGUCCUGCACGCCCUGCCCGACGCCCACGCCUGACUCCUGCAAGGAGCCAAAAGAAAAGAGGAAAAAAAAGGCAAAAAAUGAAGUGAAAUGACCAAAAA